CUUCCCUCCAUCUCCGCGGGAGGAAGUCCUUCCGAAUCCCUUCGCUCCGUGGAUGGAUUAGCCGGGUCUGGAAACAUGGCCUCUUCAGAGCAGGCAGAACAACCUGGGCAGACUGGCUCUUCCCCCGGAAUUGAGAACGGGGUGUCCCGCGAUGCUCUGAUUGCAACGGCAGUGAAGUUUCUACAGAACUCCCGGGUCCGCCAAAGCCCCCUUGCAACCAGGAGAACAUUUCUCAAGAAAAAAGGGCUGACGGAUGAUGAAAUUGAAGUCGCGUUCCAGCAGUCGGGCACUGCCAAAGAGGACCCCCAGCCGCAGAGCCUUUCUACCCAGCUGGUGCCAACCCAGCCCCCUCCCCUUGCGCCAAACAGUCCAGUAAAUUCCAGAUGGCGGGAUUAUGGUGCUCUAGCUAUUAUCAUGGCGGGUAUUGCAUUUGGCUUCCACCAGCUCUACAAGAAAUACCUCCUCCCUCUGAUCAUGGGAAGCAAGGAAGACAGGAAGCAACUUCGGAGGAUCGAGUCGAACAUUUCCGAAAUGAGCGGCACCGUGACGCAGACAGUGACUCAACUUCAGACAACUUUAGCCUCUGUCCAGGAACUUCUCGUGCAGCAGCAACAGAAAAUACAGGAACUCACUCAAGAACUGGCGGCUUCCAAGGCCACCACGUCCACUAACUGGAUCCUGGAGUCUCAGAAUAUCAACGAGCUGAAGUCAGAGAUCUACUCGCUAAAAGGACUGCUCCUAAACCGGAGGCAAUUCCCUCCCUCGCCCUCAGCCCCCAAGAUCCCCUCCUGGCAAAUUCCAGUCAAGCCUUCCUCUCCAUCCAACCCGGUUGCCAACAACCAUAGCACCAGCAGUGACAUUUCCCCAGUCAGCAACGAGUCCAACUCUUCCUCGCCCGUCAAGGAGAACCACAGCCCCGAAGGUUCAAAGGUCAACUGCCACCUGCUGGGCACCGAGGAAGAGGGCGAAGCAAUGAUUGAUGUUAAGGGACAAGUGCGGAUGGAGGUGCAAGGAGAGGAGGAGAAGCGGGAAGACAAAGGGAAUAAGGAAGAGGAGGAGGAGGAGGAGGAAGAUGAGGAGGAUGACGACGAUGUCAGCCAUGUGGAUGAAGAGGAGUGCUUGGACGUCCAGACGGAGGAUCGACGAGGCGGGGACGGGCAGAUCAACGAGCAAGUGGAGAAAUUACGGAGGCCUGAGGGGGCCAGCAAUGAGAAUGAGAUCGACUAGCGCACCUGAGAUGGUGAUUCCUGGCUCCAAGCACCUCUUGAUCAUGCUCCAACCCCUUGGGCCUCCCUUGUUCCUUCCCCCAGGCCUCCCAGUGACUUCCCCUGUCCCUUCCCCUGUGAUUCACCGCGAGUAUUGUGAUCUUCUAGUGAGCCAGGUGGCCACUGAGUCGAGCUGGACCUGAGCAACCCACCUUCUCAUCUUUGCCACCCUUUUCACAUCCCGGGUCUGCAGAGGGCUUGGUUGUUGCUCGGGCUGCACCACAGUUAGGGAAGUGAGGUUUCCUUGCUAAAAAAAUGCAUAGCUGACAUCCCCCAAGCGUUCCUGCCCCUUCCCACCCAUUUCAAACCCCUCUUCCAUCACUACCCGCAAGACGUUGCUCACUGAAAAUCGGGCUUCUGCCUUCUGAGCGAUCCUACAGACCACCCACCACCCACCUCUAUCUGGUUGAUAUUUUUUCCCACUCAGCCCUCAUUCCCAAGUCAGACCCUUCCUCACCAGACAGUCCAUCGCUGCUGCCUUGUAUGUGACCCCAUUUUCCUUGUCUUCCAGAGCCAAAAGAAAUGCUGUCUAGCACAUAGACUUGCUAGUGGCUCCAUUAAAAUUUAGGUUUGCUCUGGAAGCCAUGUGGAGUAUUCUUGGGGUCAGGCCUCCUUCACGAGUGGGCAGUCUGCUCCUUCACCAAUACUUUUCUAUUACCCGUUAUGCCUCCCCCCUGCCCCCCCCCCCCGGCCCAUUCUCCGGCAGUCUCCCGACUUUUCCCAGCAGUCUGAAGUUCUCUUCCUAGCAACCCCCCCUAACCGCCCCACUGGCACCUUAACAGGGGAGGAAAGGAAUCCAUGAUUAGGAUCCAGUUGCUAACCUUACACUGCAUCUUGUGGCCGAAAUGAUUUUCCCUGCAGGGAAAGGAAGCCAAAUCGAAUGCUUGUUUGCUUAACCUUCCCUCUCAGCCCCCAGUUUGGACCUGCAUCAUGGCCACUAGAUAGCAGUGGCUCAGUUCUUGGUGUUGAUGGCGGGAUUUUGGGUCCGUCAAACGAAAAGGAGAAACACCCACUGCCUGAGGCUUGAAUUUCCAAGGACCAAGUGCUCUUCCCCAAACAAAAUUUCAGGGUGGAGACCUGUGUCUCAAACCUCUGUCCCCUUCCCCUGUAAUACCCUCUCACUCACCCCCCCCCCCCACUUUUGCCUUAUUGGGUAGAGAAAACGGCAACAGCCCACAGGCUUUGGGAAGGCUGUUGUUUGGCGGCAUCGUAUUCUCAGCCGAACCAACUAGCGGUGUCUGAUUCCUGUUCACUUCGUGAGGAAAGAGCCUGGGUUCCUGCAAUAUCUCAAGCGUCGCACCUCCUCGACCUCGCUCAGAGGAAAGCAGAAACUUGCUCAUCCAUGUGAUCAUGUAUAGAAUUCAAAUAUAAAAUAUGAUUGUAUAUAAUUGUAAUAAAUAUGAGUUACCACUA